CCUUAUUUUCGUCCUUAUCGUUUGGUCCUGGAUACAUCAUGCCGCCGUGGUGUUCAUCGCUAGACGCCAUGCGAGGCGAGGGUUUUAGCACUCGAUCUCCUCCUCCGUGGCAGUAGAGGGCGGUGCUUCUCCGCCCAAAAUCUUCGGUCUCCGCCGCCGUUUCUUGGGUGCUCUCCGCCUUCCGUUUGCGUUGAAGGAUCAAGAACGACGCCUCUUUCUUUUUCUUGGAUUUUCCUUCUCUGAAACCCCCAAUCUUGAGGUCCUUGAUUUCUCUAAGGCCAGUCCGUAGUGCCAGCUGAACAUUGAUAUUGCUUAAGUAAGGCAACCGUAUUGCCCAAUGGACAACCUGUCAGAGCCACUGCUCGCAGAGAUCAUCAAGAGGAUUGCCAAGACAAGUGAUCGUAACUCUCUUUCCCUUGUGUCGAAGCAGCUCUACACUAUCGACGCGGAGCAAAGGGAUGCUAUCCAUGUUGGCUGUGGUCUUCACCCGGCAACUGAAGCUUUGGCAUCACUAUGCUCCCGGUUCCCUAAUUUGUGGAAAGUAGUGAUUGAUUACUCUGGUUGGAUAUCUAUCCACGGGAAGCAGUUGGACAACCAAGGGCUCCUUGUGCUUUCGUCUCACUGCUCUUCACUGACCGAUCUCACAUUAAACUUCUGCUCCUAUAUCGAUGAUUCUGGUAUUGGCUAUCUGGCUUAUUGCAAGAAACUAAGGUCUUUCAGGCUGAACUUUGCACCAGCAAUAAGUUCAAGAGGGCUUCUCUCGGUGGCAGUUGGUUGCAAGAGUCUUUGUACUUUCCACCUUGUUGAUUGCAUGAAAGUAGGAAGUGUGGAGUGGCUGGAGUACCUUGGCAGGGCCGGAUCAUUGGAAGAACUUGUGGUAAAGGAUUGUAAGUGUAGGAAUAAGUCUUGGCUGGUUGGUCUUGGUCUUGUGGUGCCUUUUUCCUGCUUUUCAGCUUUCUAGGACAGCAUCUCUACUUUCAGUUUGGAUGCUCUAGGACAGUUAGGACAGCAGUUUGUUGAGAUGCUCUAGGACAGUUUGUUGGGAUGCUCUGCUCUAGGACAGUUUGUUGGGAUGCUGACAGCACCCUCUUAGACUAGCAUGGCUGCAUGGCUGCUACAAGCAGCUAUAAAUAUGUAUCCAAUCCUCUUUGGGAGGACAUGGCUUUUGUGUUUAGUGAAUGAAGAAAACCAGAAAAUUGCCCCA